GCGGCCGGAGCCUGAGGAAGAGGGCGGCGGUGGUUGUGCUGACCGAGCUCGCGGAGCCCAGUGACAGGAUGUUGGUGUUGGUAUUAGGAGACCUGCACAUCCCACACCGGUGCAACAGUUUGCCGGCUAAAUUCAAAAAACUGUUGGUCCCAGGAAAAAUUCAGCAUAUUCUCUGCACUGGAAACCUUUGCACCAAAGAGAGUUAUGACUACCUCAAGACUCUGGCUGGAGACGUUCAUAUUGUAAGAGGCGACUUCGAUGAGAAUCUGAACUAUCCAGAACAGAAAGUUGUGACCGUUGGGCAGUUCAAAAUCGGCUUGAUCCAUGGGCAUCAAGUGAUUCCAUGGGGUGACAUGGCCAGCUUAGCACUGCUGCAGAGGCAGUUUGAUGUGGACAUUCUUAUCUCUGGACAUACACACAAAUUUGAAGCAUUUGAGCAUGAAAAUAAGUUUUACAUUAACCCAGGUUCUGCCACUGGAGCAUAUAAUGCCUUGGAAACAAAUAUUAUUCCUUCAUUUGUGUUGAUGGAUAUUCAGGCUUCUACAGUUGUCACUUACGUGUAUCAACUAAUUGGAGAUGAUGUGAAAGUAGAACGAAUUGAAUACAAAAAAUCUUAAAGCCAGACCCGUCUUGAUGAUUUUUGUUGUUUUUUUCUUCAUUCUCUUGUUCAAAUCAAGUAAUUAAACAUUUAAGAGUCACAAAAUUGUAUCACUUUUAUAAUAUUUUGCAGUAAAAUAUAUCAUCUUCUGUUAAUACAAUGCGCUAAGCUUCUUGUAAACUAUAAGAAUAUAUUUAGUUUAUGUAUAUGAUUUCUAUAAAAAAUGUCCACCACAUAGUAAAUGGUCACAUGUUAAGAAAAAUUUAUCUUGUAAAUAUCUUCAAAGUUGAUACUUGGAAUUUUAUUACAAAAGUAGUGCAUGGGGAAAAAUAUUCUAGACUUUCUUGUAUACACAUUUUUCUCUUCAGUAAUAAAGUUACCUUUCAUUUAUA